AACCGACACCGGAAACAGCUUGUUAGCAUUUCAGUCAUAAUAGGUGUCAUUGUAUUUAUCCUACGGUACUCGUUUUGAGUCGAUUUUAAUCGUUUUAACUGUUUUAAAUAAUGUUUUCCUGCCCUAUACGACUGAAGGCGGGUCUGAAACGUUUAGUCAGUCAGUAGCUGUUGGAAGAAGAUCCUCUCAGUGAUAAACUGAUCAGAAGCUCCAGUCUAGACAUGACUGAUGUCAGUGACUGUAGAUAUGACAAAAACUCAAACAUUUUUGAACCUCUAGGCCAUAAUGUUGAGAAGGACAUAAAAUAUUGCCCCUCGUCAGGGGGUAAAACAUGCAGUGAAUCAUCACAGCAACCUGAGAAACCACUGAGUGGUUGUGAUAACAAGAUGAAUACUGAACCUUUGGAGAAUGAAAGUGUUGUCAGGGAUGUUUAUGACCACACAAUGUUGCAGCGGUCAACUUUAAACACUCAAAUAAAAGAGGAAGUCGGUGAUUCAGGAAGUCAUGAUAACCAGAAUCUGAGUUGCUUUUUCUGCGGGUCAGAAUUUGCAACAGGAGGACUUCUGACAAGACACAUAUCUGACCAUACAGGAGAGAAGCUGCUCACAUGUGUUGUUUGCAAGAAAACCUUCAGUUUGGAGUCAGAGCUUGUUAUUCACGUUUGUGGUGGAGAAUCCUCUCAGCAUCAUCAAAGCCAAACUGAGGAACCGAUUCCUGCCUCCAAACAGUUCAGCUGCUCUCAGUGUGAGGAAGGAUUUUCCAGAUCUGAAGACUUAAAUCUUCAUCUCAAGUUGCACACAAGAGAGAACCUGUUCAGUUGUUCAGUUUGCAAGGCCUGCUGCAGUGACAAAGACUCGUUAAUUCAGCACAUGAGGAUCCACACAAGGCAAAUGCAGUUUAUCUGCCAUGUUUGUGAAAAAGACUUCACGUGGAGAAGGCACCUGACGAAACAUAUGGAAGUCCACAAGAAAAGGAAAAAAGUAUUCCGCUGCAGAGCUUGUGGUGCUGAAUUUUGCACAUAUUAUCUGUUGUCGAAACAUAAAGUUGUUCAUCAGUCAUCAGAGAGUCCUCACAUCCAGGCUGAAGAGAACAGGGAGGAACAGGAACAGAUGGAAACAGCAGCUGAUGGAGAAGACUUUGGAAGACCAGAGAACUUAAAUACAGACACACAAACACAACAGGAAACCAAUGUGGAGGCUUUACUAUCCUUAAAAACUAAAGAGGAUGAGUUUUGGAAAAAAAACAGAGAAACUGAGUCAGAUUUAACAUCUGUGAGACAUAAUGAAGUCUCUCAGAGUGACACAAAGACAGACUUACAGCCUUUUACAUUAAAGGAGGAUCUGAGUCAACACACAGUGUUUGAUCCAGAGAUACAGAAGGAGGUGAAGCAGGAAGAUCCAGAGCCUCCACAGAUAAAAGAGGAAGAGGAGGAAGCUGAGAUCACCAAGUUCACAUUCAGUCCUGUCCCUUUAAAGACUGAAGAAGACGAGAAGCCUCAGUUGUUUCAGCUUAAUCACGGUCAAACUGAGGACAACAAAGAGUUUUUGGGAGAACCAGCUGAUAAUGAGAAGACGUCAGCGCUCUCUGACCCAGAGAUUGAUGACAGCGACUUAUGGAAACCAAAACUUGAGUCAGGUUCAAACUCUGAAAGUGAUUCUGGCAGAAAUCUAUCCAGCUGUUCUGAUAACAAGGUGACCGACUCGCUGCAGCCAGAAAGUGACGAUAGUGUUGACAGUGACUUUUUUAAAGACUACAAGAAACCACAGUCAAACUUAAACUCACUCCGACAAGAAACCACAGAAAAAGGAGCAAAAUAUGUUUCAGAUUUGAAACCAUACAGCUGUGCUCAGUGUAGUAAAGCAUUCCGCUAUAGUUUUUAUUUGAAAUCUCACAUGAAACAGCACACAGAACGGUACUCUUGUUCUGUUUGUGGUCAUAGAUCAAACACCAGCUCUAGUCUGAAGGUCCACAUGAAAACACACACAGGAGAGAAACCGUUCAGCUGCUCAAUUUGUGAUAAAAAGUACACAAACAAGGCGAACAUGCUGUCUCACAUGACUGUCCAUGACGCAGAAAGGAAGUACAGCUGUGACGAUUGUAAGAAAACCUUUGCUUGGUUUACAGAGCUGAAGUACCACCAGUGUGUCGGUGAGUCCUCAGGUGAACGGACAUAUGGGGAUGAUUCAGGUAUAAAUCUGAAACGACACAUUUUAAACAGUUUGAAUGUUUUAUCUGCACAAGAUUAGGUGAAUAGGAUGUUUUCUUUCAUUCAUCAUAAAUGAAACAGGAAAAUAAUAACCUAAACCAUGAAGCUUAUUGUCAUGUUCUGUCUUGCAGUUUCACCUUCUUUAUGCUGAUGAAACAAAAAUAAUAUAUAUUAAACUGCAGAUGUGCACUUAAAAUUUGUUGAUCUCUCUCAGCUGUGACACGAGUUUGUGGAAAUGCUGUUUGUCAGAUUAAACUUAACAAAAUAUUAAUUUAUAUUUCUUUUGUAUUUUUAUUUAUGUUUACAGGAUUCAUGACCUAAUAAAAGUCUAAUAACCUGUUUUUGUUACAGUUCAUAUAAGAAAAUAAAGUCAUGUUUCAUACUCAAACAAUUUUGCAGAUUUAUGUUUUAAUGUUCUUAAACUUCUGCAUCUAUAUUUUUCAUUUUUAUUGUUUCAUAUUUGUGCUUUAUGCUUUUUAAAACAUUAAUUGCUUUUUUUUUUACAAGCAUUGGUAGGAUAGGAUAUUCAAGCUUUACAUCCAGACUGUCCAACACUAUGCUCACAGCUCCAUCUAGUGGACAUUUAGUUUUACUGUUCUGCAUGAUUAGAGUAGAGGCAAUACUCACCAGUUUUGGUGUGACUGAAUUAAUCAAAAUAAAAAUAAUUGUAGAAAUCAUUUUGUUUGCUCUCAGAAUUAUGUCCUCUGUUCAUGUUCAUCCUUGCUUCUUCUGUUUCUAGCACUGAGUUAUCAUGGGAUUAUCUUUUCCAGUGUUCUUGUUCUGUUUGUGUUUGCAGACACUGAAAUAUUGUCUCAAAUUGUUGUGAUAAUAAAUUGAAAGUCUAAUCUUUCAGUUA